AUGGCUAAAGAUCACGUAAAGGACCAUAAGAAGAGAAAACAUGACAAUGAUGAAGAAGUUCUUAAAUCCAGCGAUAGUUUAGAACCAAAGAAAAAGAAGGAUAAAAAACACAAGAAGGACAAAAAACACAAGAAAGACAAAAAAGAAAAGAAAGAUAAAAAGGAAAAGAAAAAUCAAGAAGGAGAAAAAGACUCAAUAAAAGAGAAUGUCGAAGAACAAACUAAUAAUUUGCAAAAAAAAACUUCUUCUACUGGUGAAUAUGUUGAAAGUCCUGAGUUGUCCUCUAUUCCACAAUCUGAAAUAGAUAAUUUCUUCACAGAAAAUGAAGCUAAUGUGGAAGACCCAUUAAAGUUGAAUUUCCGUCCAUUGCUGUCGUUUGAUCAUAUUUCCUUGGAGAAAAAUAUUCAAAAAGAGAUUUCUAAAUUUCCGAAACCAACACCUAUCCAAGCUAUUUCUUGGCCAUAUUUAUUAAAUGGUAACGAUGUUAUUGGUGUUGCUGAGACAGGUAGCGGUAAAACUUUUGCUUUUGGUGUUCCAGCUAUUAACAGGUUAUUAACUUUCCCCUCUUCUUCUUCUAAUGGUAGUAAUAAUGGGAUCAAGGUACUAGUUAUUUCACCUACCAGGGAAUUAGCUUCUCAAACUUAUGAUAAUUUAGUUGUAUUAACUGAAAAAGUUGGGUUACAAUGCUGCUGUGUUUAUGGAGGUGUUCCAAAAGAUGCUCAAAGAGCUCAACUAAAAAAAUCGCAGGUUGUAGUUGCUACACCAGGUAGAUUAUUAGAUUUGAUCGAGGAAGGUUGUUGUGAUUUGUCUCAAGUCAAUUACCUAGUGCUGGAUGAGGCUGAUAGAAUGCUAGAAAAAGGUUUUGAAGAAGAUAUUAAGAGAAUUAUUAGCAAUACACCAUCACACGGUCGCCAAACUUUAAUGUUUACUGCAACCUGGCCCAAAGAAGUCAGAGAAUUAGCUUCGACAUUUAUGAAUUCCCCAGUCAAAGUUUCUAUUGGUAAUAGAGAUGAAUUAAGCGCCAACAAAAGAAUUACUCAAAUAGUUGAAGUUAUUGCGCAACCAGAAAAGGAAAGAAGGUUACUUGAAUUAUUGAAAAAGUACCAAUCCGGCGCUCACAAGGACGAUAAAGUUUUAAUUUUUGCUCUUUAUAAAAAGGAAGCCUCACGUGUUGAAAGAAACUUGAAAUACAGGGGUCAUAAUGUAGUUGCUAUUCACGGUGAUUUAUCUCAACAGCAAAGAACUCAAGCAUUGAACGAUUUUAAAAAGGGGAAAUCAAAUUUGUUAUUGGCUACUGACGUUGCAGCUAGAGGUUUAGAUAUCCCUAACGUUAAGACUGUUAUUAAUUUAACUUUCCCACUAACAGUUGAGGAUUAUGUCCACCGUAUUGGCAGAACAGGCAGAGCUGGUCAAAAAGGUACUGCUCAUACCUUAUUUACCGAUUUAGAAAAGCAUCUGGCUGGUGGAUUGGUUAAUGUGUUGAAUGGUGCUAAUCAACCAGUUCCGGAGGAGUUAAUGAAAUUUGGUACUCAUACCAAAAAGAAGGAACAUAGUGCUUAUGGUGCAUUUUUUAAAAAUGUUGAUUUAUCAAAGAAACCUAAGAAGAUCACUUUUGAUUAA